AUGAAAAAUCAUAAACAGUGUUUUGUGUUGUUUGUUUCUCAUUUGUUUCAUUAUUAUGGCUGAGAAUUCACCAACACUUGAAACCAGUGACAUUGUUGUAGAUGUAAACAAAGAGUCCCCCCAAACAUCAGAAGAUUCUUCAGUCCCUUUCUUGCAAAAGUUGAUAGCAGAGGUUGUAGGAACAUAUUUCUUGAUAUUUGCAGGAUGUGCUUCAAUUAUAGUGAACAAAAGCACCGACAAUGUUGUCACGCUUCCUGGGAUCGCAAUUGUUUGGGGACUCGCUUUGGUUGUGUUGAUAUAUUCUCUCGGUCAUAUCUCUGGUGCUCAUUUCAAUCCGGCCGUCACCAUUGCUUUUGCUUCCACAAGAAGUUUCCCAUUGUUACAUGUACCAGCUUAUAUAUCAGCUCAGGUUUUGGGAGCAACACUAGCAAGUGGAACCCUAAAACUCAUAUUCAGUGGCAACAGUGGCCUACAUGAUCAGUUUUCAGGAACACUUCCAUCUGGAUCUAACCUUCAAACUUUUGUGUUUGAAUUCAUAAUCACAUUUUAUCUUAUGUUUAUCAUUUGUGGAGUCGCCACUGAUAGCCGCGCGAUUGGUGAGUUGGCGGGAAUUGCAAUUGGAUCUACAUUAUUGCUUAAUGUCAUUAUUUCGGGACCAAUAACGGGAGCAUCAAUGAACCCGGUUAGAAGUUUAGGACCUGCUUUUAUGCACAAUGAAUAUAGAGGAAUAUGGAUAUAUUUGGUGUCGCCGGUUUUGGGAGCUGUGGCCGGAGCAUGGGUCUACAACCUUGUUAGGUAUACUAACAAGCCAUUGCGCGAAAUCGUUAAGAGUGCAUCCUUCCUCAAAGAAGCAAAGCGUGGGGAAACCAAAUAGUUUAAGUAUUUAGGGAAAGAAUUCCAUUAAGUAUCAUGCAGAGAGUCAAUAACAUUUUUAUCUUUGCAAAUGUCUUUGUUAGAGAUAAUCAGGAAAUAAAAAGCUGUUUGUGUAGUAGUGACUAAGGUGCUACGGGUCAUGAUUCUAAUAAAUAAUGUAAUCAAUUUAUAUUUAUCUAUGUUUGUUCGUAUGUCUA